AUGACCGAGCCCGACGAGCUGGAGAUGGCGCCUCUGAACGCCCCAAACGCCGUGGAACACGAGUCUAGCAAAAGCAUCGAAUACUACAACCGUCAUACCCGUGUCUCUCACAAUACUGCUAACGGAAAAACCACCUUCCUCUUCGACUAUGGUGAAGAAGGAGCGGCAGGAAGGGUCAACCUGGAGGAGCUACUGAAGCUGUAUGAUCAAGCCAAAUUGGAAGUGAUCCGGCAUCCCAUGGUGUUGAACUAUAUCAAUGAAAUCUUGUUAGGAGCAGCCACUUGGUACAUGUUUCAAUUGCUUACCCAAUAUGGCUAUUUAUUUUUGCUAAUGGCCUAUUGCUUGACACGUGCAGGUUUAUUUACGGAGCUUCUGAUACUCUACAGUUUUGUCUACACCCUCACAACGAAAGAGCUCGCGUUAAUGCCUAUAAUUGCAACUCUGCCGAUAUGGAUUCAAAUAUUUAUCACACUAAAAGUGAGCCCAGUCGGCACCUACAUUUUCAUGCUGCGCAGAAUUAUCUUCUCGUUUGCGAAAAUAAUGGUCAUCUGGAUACUGCUGAUCAUGAUGUUCGCACUUGCCUUCUUCAUAGUUAUGAGGGAGCUGAACGUGGAGCCGUGGGCUAAUAUGGGCAAACUAACCCAUCAUUCGACAUUCGGUGACCAUAUCUUCCUUCUCGCACAAAUCUUUAUAAAGGCGUCGUCCAUGAUGAUUGGCGAGCUCGAUACAAAUCACGUCUUGAACACCCGAAAAUGGGAAGCAUCGAUUCUUUUGCUGGCUUUCCAAAUUAUUAACGCCAUCCUUUUUAUGAACCUUCUGGUAAGCGUGUCCGUUGGGGACGUCGACGAUUUGAAAAAAGAUGCAAGGGAUAAGCUGCUCAAAGCCAAGGUGGCAUAUGCGAUGGAGGUGGCGCACUCACGCUCCGGAUUUUACCAGUAUUUAAGCAAGAAAAAGGAUAUUUGGCUAGAUCGUCGCCAGUGGUUCCCCUCGAUCUUGGUCCUAGCCUUCGAGAUCAUCACCGGCAUCCUGUUGAUGAACUUGAUGGUGUCGCUGGCAGUUGGAGACGCCAGCGACCUCAGGAGUUCCGCUCAAGAUAAGCUGCUAAAGAUUAAAGUCAGCUCCGUCAUCGAGGCCCUACAGUUCAGCCAGGCCCUUCCUCAGACCCUUCCGGACAGCUGUAAGUUGGAGUGUAGCGGCUGCUCCACAACGAACAACGUGUUGAUCGUGGAGCGGGAUGGGCACUAUUUUACGCUGAUGAGGUCAAAGAAUGAUUUCCGCAACGCUACGGUGGACAGACGUCCGGCUUCAGAACUGAAUGACCAUAAAUACCGCCUGGACUUCACGAAUCCGCGGAUGCGGGUGCGAAUUCGUAGGGAACUGCUGGCCGGACGUCACCAGAUGGUUCACCUGGAGGAUUGUCAGAUCGUGUUCAAAGAAGCACCGGAUUCCGGCAUCCCGAACUGGCAGCCAGAAGCCGACGAGGCCAAGCCCCGUCAUGAUAGCCGCGAUGGAUGGCAGAGGAGGUACGCAAAAUGGUUGAUCGGACUGGACUGGACCGGAUAUUUGGAUCUC